AUGCUCACCACGGCACCGCAUUUACAUGUUCGGCGGCCGUCGCCCACGACCGCCGAGUUCACCGUGACCACCUGCCCACCUCUGACGGUCCCGCUACGCCUGCUCCUCGCCACCGUCUUCCUCCUACGCAUCGUCGUCGGCCUCGGCGUCGCGCUGCUCAUCUACUCCAAGUGGGCACUCUCGCCAUAUGCCACGCCCUUCCCCGCUCAUUAUGGGACCUCUCCAGCGCCGCCCGUCUUCUCAGACGCCUUCAUCUGGCACGCCGUGUGGACGGCGCACACCUCGCCCGCGGGGGAGUGGUUCUCCCGACUGGCGGCGCGAACACCUGCGUGGGCGCUCCUCUCGGCGUGCGCCGCGCUGCUGUACCUUCUGACGGUGCGCAUCCACACAACCGAGUCGCUGCUGGUCCUGCGGGGCUUGGGUAUCCAGACCAGUUCGACGGGGGGAACGUAUCUGGCCGCGGCAGGCACGCGGUUCAUCCCGACAGAGAAGAUUCGCGACGUGUUGAUCAACGAGGCGUUCCGCGGCUUUGAGGUGCGAUAUUACCUGGUCGUGGUUGUGGAGGGCGAGGAAGAUGUCGUGGUCGUCUUCCCGAAAUUGCUCCCCCGGAGGAAGAUCGUCGAGACCGUAUGGAGGGGCGUCAGGGGCUGUCUGUACGAGCCGGACGCAAUUAGGAGACUGGACGAGAAGGGAACGUAG